AUGGCGUCGCCCCCGCUGCCCCCGGCGUCCGGCUCGACAGACGGGGAGCCCAUGUACGGCGGCUACUCGCGCUUCGAGAUUGAGCUCGAGUUUGUCCAGUCCCUCGCCAACCCCUACUACCUCAACCACCUCGCCUCGCAAAAACUUCUCACCCAGCCCGCCUUUGUCGCCUACCUCGCCUACCUGCAGUACUGGGCCGAGCCGCCCUACCUCAAGUACCUCAUCUACCCGGGGCCGACGCUGCGAAACCUCGAGCUGCUGCAGCAGGAGAGGUUCCGCCAAGACAUUAUGAGCCCGGAUCUGGUGCAGCGCCUGGUCGAGGAGGAGAUGAAGGCGUCGGUUCAGUGGCACCGCGAGCCUUGA